AUGGCGGCGGCGGCGGCAGGGGCUCUGAGGGUGGCGUGCGCCAGGGCGAGCGGCAGGUACCGCGCGGCAGUCCUAGCGGCGGCGAGGCGUGAGGGAGAGGGAGGCGGGAUGGUUUCGGAGGAAGGGGCUGGCCCUCGAGGGUGAGGGAGGUGGGGGGAGACAGGCAGACAUGGCGGGGCGUGAGGCGCAGGGGGCGCAGCGCGUGCUCCGUGCCUCGCCAUGCAGGUGGCGGGUGGCCCUCGGCCAGGCGGCGGAUUCCCGUCUCAGAGGACUCCUGAGGGGGGUGGUCUCCCCAACCCCUCACCUCGGUCCUACUCUGAGGAGACGUACUGGAGUUAAUGGGAGCAUCCCAUUUCAGCGGGGUCUUCUACGAGUGGAACUUGCAGUCGCCUUUUUAUGUCUCCCUCCAGGGGGAUUUGUGUGCACAAGGAUUGCCAAAGCGGUGUGCAGGUUCUUGUCGUCCUCAAAAUUUAUGACCCAGCGGAUCUCGGCGAGAAAUAAAACAGUUUAAAAUUUAGAACAAGUCUAAACGUGAAACAAACCAAUGUGUCAUUAACGAUAUUCAGGGUUGCGCCCUACUCGGAGUAGUAGGGCCGCUGAAAUUCAUAGGCAUGAACUUUUGAGUAUGAUUAAAGGCUGGAUAAUACUCCUCAGGCCCGGUACACACCACUUGGUUAUUUUUAUUAGUUAAUUUAUAUACGGCUGGCUGGUAAAAAACAAAAACAAAAAAACACAACCCCCCAAUACAUGUAUAUACUCCCCAAAUCCUGGGAAUUGUAGUUUGAUAAGGGUGCUGGGAAUUGGAGUUCUUUGAUGGGUAAACGACAGGGUCCCAGGUUUCUUGUGUGGUGUGAGGGCCUGAGAUGAGCUUAAAAGGUGCUUUUAAAUGUAUAGUGUGUACACAGCCUCCCUAUAAAGUUUUAAUUCUAAGUUGAUCUGUGGUUCCCUACGGUGUGAAGGUGGGAGAUCACACUUCGGGACAAGGGUCGUGAAGAGCAGCAGCAAAGAGUGAGAAACUGCCUGAAGUUUAAAGUUUGGCAUUUGCUUUCUUGUGUGGUGAGGGAAAUGCACUCUGCUUGUGCUCAGGGGCACUUAAGCCUGCUCUUAACUGCCUGUAUUGCUGCUGGAGUCCUUGUCUUCUCUUAUUUCUCUCUAGUGCCAUCCAUGGUGCUUUCCCAAAAUGUGAGAGGAAGGGGGGGUCUCUGCCCUGAGGUGCUUACAAUGUAGUAGAAAAUAAGAGGGAUGUGGGAAGCAGGGAAUGGAGGAAAAUGGAGGCAGGGGAGGGCUGCUCUACUUACAGAUAUUCAAGGCUUUGUUACAGGGACCUUGCGUUCCCCUUCUGGUGCAAAGGAAGCCCUAGCCAAGUGGUCAGUUCACUGCCCCCCUUGCAGUGUGUGCCUGUUGGGCCCUAUCUCAACUUGGAGGAUUUGGGGGAAAUGGCCUAUCCACAUUAUUAUCAUUAUUGACUUUAUUAAGCCACCCAUCCACACGGUCUCUCUGGGUGGCUCAGAGAAGUGAAAAAUAAAAUAGUGUUAAAAACAAAAUGUGGGAAUUAAAAAACAAUGACAGAUAGGAUAAAAUAAUGCAACACAAAACUUUGCUUCUAGCAUUAAAUAAAACUAGAACUCAGUAAUUCCCUGUGUCAAAAUCACCUGGCACUGAAUUUGCAUUGGGAAAACAUUACAAAAUAUUGCAUCAGGAGAAAUAGAUGCUCUUGAGGGGCCUUUGUAAGCAUAUUAGACUUGUUUAGUAUUCCUAACCAACUGUACCUAUUUGACUGGCAUCAAGAAUUUUUACCCAUCCUGUUUUAGCUCUGGGCUUUGCAUGUUAUGCCAGUGCAAACUGAUUUUUAAAAGCCCUUAAAGUCUGAAAGUUACCACUGCAAUCCUUAACAUGCUGAUCCCAUCCCAAUGUACCGUAUUUUUCGCUCUAUAAGAUGCACCAGACCAUAAGACGCACCUAGUUUUUGGAGAAGGUAAACAAGGAAAAAAAUAUUCUGAAUCCCAGAAGCCAGAACAGCAACAGGGAUCACUGUGCAGCGAAAGCAGCAAUCCCUCUUGCUGUUCUGGCUUCUGGGAUAGCUGCGCAGCCUGCAUUCGCUCCAUAAGAUGCACACACAUUUCCCCUUACUUUUUAGGAGGGAAAAAGUGAGUCUUAAGAGCAAAAAAUACGGUAUAUUUCUCUUUGAGGGCAGCUCCACUGAGUUGAAUGGGACUUAUUCUCAAGUAAGUGGGUGUAGGAUUUCAGCCUCCAGGUGUGUUCAUAAGAGUGUUAACUCAGAAGUAAGUCCCACUAAAUUAAAUGGGGAUAUUGGAAUUAACAUGGUUAGAAUUGUACUGUAAUAAGAAUGAAAUUUUGGUGGCAAUCCUAGGCACCUAUUCUUUUUUUUUUUUAAUAAAUAUUUUUUAUUAGAUUUUCCAUAAAAAAACAUUUUUACAAAAUUAUACAUCCAUUUUUAACUUAAACCCUUUUUUCCAGAACUUCCCUCAGCUUGUCUGAUAAUUUUCUGUUUAUUUUUUAUCCUCGUCUCUCAUUUCCCAAUAUUAUAUUGCACUCAAAUACUCUUAAUCACAUCCUAUUUUUUAAACAAUAUUUCUAACAGUAAUUUCACAGAGCUUCUUGAAAGCCAUCAAACGUUAUUUGCUCAUCACAGAAAUUUUUGAUACACUCUGUAAAUUUCUUCCAGUCCUCGGAGAAUCUCUGGUCACGUUGGUUUCUAAUUCUCCCCGUCAAUCUGUCCAUUUCUGCGUAUUCCAUCAGUUUCAUCCUCCAUUCUUCUUUCGUGGGCAUCUCUUCCUGUUUCCAUUUCUGUGCCAGCAAAAUUCUGGCUGCUGUUACUGCAUACAAAACUAAUUUCACAUCUUUUUUACUAAUUUCAUUAUCCAGUAUUCCCAACAAGAAAGCUUCUGGUUUUUUAACAAAAGUAUAUUUCAGCAUUUUCUUUAACUCAUUAUAGAUCAUCUCCCAGAAGCUUUUUACCUUCUUACAUUCCCACCACAUAUGGUAAAAUGUUCCUUCUGUCUCCUUACACUUCCAACGUUUAUUACACAUCUAGGCACCUAUUCUUGAGAGUAAGCCAUGUUCAACUCAGUUGGCUUUAUUUUUUUGGCAAACACACAUAUAAUUUAUGCAAAGGAAAUUACUUUUGGAAUUGAAUUGUGCGCGCAUUUUUUAAGUUGAGUCUUUAAAUUUCUUACUCUGUGCAUAUAUGAUUAUCUCUCAGAAGUAGUUUCUUUCAUGGGUAGUUUAAUUUCACAGGAGAUGAGUCUGUCAACAGUUGCUAGCCAUAAUGCCUGUGUUCAGCGACAGUAUGUUGUAAAAUAUGAACAAAAAGGGAAAGGAGGGCCUUUCUAGUGUUCUUCGCAAACUCCUUUAAGCUGCUGAACAGAGUUGAGGUUCUCAGUGCCUUGCAUGUGCUUUCCCACUCAAGUCACAGAGGACGGAAGAGAAUAGCUGGAACUCUGAUCUGAAUUACUCUCUUUCGCAUCAAUUCCAUUUAUAGUGUGGAGAUUGGACUCUAAAUAACCUCACCAUUGCUACCAUAUAUACACACAAUCAAGUCCCAGGGAAUAUAUAAAUUUGGGCUCUUGAAUGUUCCCCUGCUACCCUAGCUGUAGGUCACUGGGAACACACAGGGGCUAGACAUUCUUUGCUCAUCUUUCCAUCUCCAUAAAAUCUCAGGAGACUGGGAGCAGAGGUGACUGGGUUCUCUGUCCCCUCAUCAACCUCCAUGAACUUCCUCAGGAUACUGAAUUAGUUACUCCCUCUUCGUUUCAACCUUCCGGUAGAACUUACAAGAAAGAGGCUCUUGAGCAACAUGUGCACAUGAGAGAAAACCAACUGUGCCAUGCUUGCACCUAAAGCAGGAUUAACACAAUGCUAAACCAUGGUUUAGCCCUGCAUUGAUGAACCUGCUCCUCUCUUUCUGCACAGCUGGAAGGAGGAGUUUGGAAGCUUUUGCUUUUGGUUCACCACAGUUUGUAAUUUUGUCAGAACAGGCAAACUGUGAUUAAUAUAAGCUAUGGUUAGCUUAAAACAAGCCAUGUUCAAACCAUGGUUUCAGAAGAUGCGGGGGGGGGGGAGGAGCAUUAGUGCAUUAAUAAUUCCAGCCAUAAAAUCCGUUUCAGCCUAAAUCAAAUGACUGUCCUAUUUGCAUAUCAACUUAAUUCAACUUGCACACAAAAGUUAAGAAUUACCAAUUUGCUGUAUUAUAAAAACUAAAUAAAUGAUAUUAAAUAUUAAAAUAAUAUAAAUUAUUAUAUAUCAUCAUCAUCUUUAUUAUAUUUUUCAUAAUAAUAAUAAUAACAACUUUAUUAUUUAUACCCUGCCCAUCUGGCUGGGUUUCCCCAGCCACUCUGGGUAGCUUCCAACAAAAUAUUAAAAAUACAAUAAAGCUCAUAUGACAAAAAAUUCAAUGCACAUUACUUAUUCCACUACCUUUUAGGACAAAGAAAAACAAAAAGGAAAAGGGGGGAAAUAUACUGAAAACCCUCAAAGAGCCUAAAAGAUAAAAUACCUUAAAGGGUCUGGGAGAACAAGAUAGUCUUUGCCUGGUGCCAAAAAACUAAUGUGGCUCACCAGGCAAGCCUCUCUAGGCAGAGCACCACAGGUGCAGGUGAGGAGGAAGGUGUUAGCUGCCCAAGGGGCCCUGGCCCUUGUCACCAGUUUAUUCUAUAAAAUGUGGGCUGUCUUGAGUACAGCGUCAGUAGAAAGGUGAGAUAUAAAUUAUAACUAAAGGCACAGUUCUGUCAUCGCACUUUAUUUGGCCCUAAGGACUGUAAUAUGAACUGGCUCCCUGGCAGGUGAAGGCAGCCAACUCCAGUAAGUCUGGAACAUUCUGAUCUUCCUCUGUGGAGGCUUUAUCUGCAGGCCCAACUAGCUAUUGGGAAGAGGAAGAGCUCCUAUUCAAAGCUUUUCAGUAGUGCCUCAGAGACACCUCUUAUUAACAGCUGAAAUAUAUGCAGCUGUUGAAAUCCAUUGAACUCAAGAUGGAAGCUUUCGCCUUGUGUAUGUUGACUUCUAGCAGUUUGACUUCACCCCCAAAGGUACACUCCUCCAUUGUCUCCUGAGACAGAUGAGUGUCAGCAACAACAAAAUGAGAAACAGUUUUAAUCAGUCAGUGUAGAGAGCUGUGCUUGGUGCUAAGAGAUCUGGACUCAUAUCGAGGUUCAGCUUUGGACUUUACUGAGUGGUCUUGGGCAAGUGACUCUGCCUAAUUCCAUUCACAAUUUGUAAUUGUAUUAGUGGCAUAGUUUUCAGUGCAGGUGAACAAAUGUCAGGAUUCUGAAAUGUCACCAUAAAAUAGAACCAAUGACUUUGUACCCAGUGACCCCCAUUAAAUUUUGUGAGCCAAAGUAAGCAAUCUGGGAUAUGCCUCAAACUCUGGCAGGGUGUGUGUGUCACAAAUAGCAAGGGUUUGGUUUAGCCCUAUCUUAAUGGGUCCCCAAGGGCAUCUUCCCCACCCUAAUUACACAUAUAGUGAAUAGUAAAUCACUGCACACAUUUGUGUACAUUUGCAGAUUGCCACAUGUCUCUGCAGAGAUGCAUUUCUUCACACAGUGCAUAAUUAACUGGAAUUUGCUGCCACAAGAUGGCCACCACAUUGGAUGGCUUUCAGUGGAAGUUAGCCUUAUUUUUCACACAUUUGUCUAUCGAUGGUUAUAUACUAUACCCAGUGUCAGAAGCAGUACGUCUCUGUAUGCCAGUUGCUGGGAAUUCCAAGUGGGAAGAGUGGUUUAGCCCUUGAGUUCUGCUUGUGGGGUUUUUAUGGGUGCAUCUGGUUGAUCAUUGUGAAAACAGGAUGCUGGACUACUAGAGGGGCUUUUCGUCUGAUCCAACAGUGCUCCUCCAGUGUUCCUUCUCAUCCAUACCAAUGUGGUAGUGGAGGAUUUCAAUAGGGUACCUAUUCUCUCUCCCAUGCAUUCCCUCACCUGGUAUGAUGAGAAGCAUUUUGCUAUUCAUCAUAAAAUACAGUUCCUGAGUUUCACCUACCUGUCAUAAUCAAGGAACUGUACCUGGAGCAAGUCUGUAAUGACAAGGCUUGAUUCUCAGCGACUCCCAUACAGUGUUGUGCAACAUAGAAAACUUGAAAAUAAAUUCCAUAGGGAGCAAAUCUUAAUUCAAAUACUUUAAUUAGGAGUAGGCUUAGGCCAUUGGCUUGAAUUUGCUUUAGUGUGAUAGUUUCCAGCUUGUAAGGUCUCAUGUUGUCUGAUGUGAUUACACUGCAGAACCUCUCAGGGUUAACAAGAGGGUGUUCACUUGGCCACAGUAAUGUACUUUCCUCCUCACGACUCUAGAUUUUCCAUACACAUCAAGGUUGAUGGGUUUAAAAUGCCCAUGAACUCUGCUGCCGGCCUCAAGAUAGAAGAGGUUGCAAAGGUCAGGGCUUCAGGUGCGGCUUCUUGUAUUUCUUUACUGCUAAAUUUGUCCUCAGUAAAAGCAGAUUUUGGAAAGCCUGCAGAAACAGGAAAAAGUGGGCUAAAAAUAAUGAAGUGCAGCCCUGAACCUGCCAGUCAAGAAAGAUGAAAUACACAUUGCGUGAUUUAUUUAUUUAAAUUCUAAAAAGAUUUAUAACUUGCCCAUCAUCUGGAGUAGGUAAGGUAAAGCAGGAGUAGGUAAAUAUUAUACAGUAAUCCAGAGGAAGAUAAUGAUUUAUAGCUCGGUUUAUGAAUAUGUAUAGUUAAUGUGGAUUUUUUUAUAUAGAUAUGCGUCCAUAAUUAUUUGUAUUUUCCUGUUUUUAUACCCAUCACCACCAGUACCCUUUUCCACAGCAGCAUUGUAAGACAUGAUAAUCAGUCUGUGAAGAAGAUGUUGGUACUUUGGAAGCAACCACUUUCCCCAUUCCUCCUAACUGGUAAGAAUCCUCAUAUUUUUUCAUCUUAUUGUUUCUCUUACCACUUCAAACUAUGAUUACAAAUUAUGGUUUGGAAGCACAGUAUUAAAGGUAGUUGGUUUGUUCAGGAAGUGGAAGAGAGAAGCUUUUUGCAAGAGAGGGUUAGGGAGGGUAUGGAAGGCUGGUUUCAAUACACGGAACAGGACAUGAUCCUGUUUUCUGAUAUUUGAUACUUAUGCAAUUUUGCUUUGUUCGAGUCUGUGACACAACAUAAUAAAGAAUCUGUAAUCUGUAUGUGAUGAUGAUUGUGACAUGUCAUGUAUUGCAACUGCUCUUUGAUGUUAAAUUUCUGAUAUCCAUCCUUGGGAAAUUUUAGGUCUCUGACUAUUAGAUGAAAAUUAAACCUGUUGGUGUUGUAGUUCUUGCUGAAUCAAACAUGUGAAGGUACUCAUCAUGUAUACGCAGCAUGAGUCUUCUGGUAGUGAUGUAGGCCAGAACUGUUAAUUACGUUUUAAUCUUUGAAAUUAAUUUUGUUUGGUUGUGGCCAAUUGAUGCCUUAUGUGCAAGCUCAAGGACUUUUAAUCUAGUGAAACUGUCUGCUAACGGAGGAGGUGAGGCAACUUUUUACUUUCUCCCCCUGCCCCUGGCCUGCAGACUCUAGUGACCCCUGAAAAUCUGCUCUAUAGAGCUGGGAGACCAUCCAGAAUAGGGUGGUUUUGUUCUGCCUUGAGCACAGAGGUGUCCGGUCCCAAGCAAGUUGGGCAGAUUUGCAAGUUUUAAUCAAAUGGAUUUGAGAAGGGAGUUGCACAGACCAUGAACCACCACAGAGAAGGCCCCGUUUCCUAGUGGGGACACCCAGAGCCAGGCCACUAAAGAAGAUCUGAAUAAUGUCCAUACAGAUUUAUAUAGGAGGUGUGUAAGCGAAGUAAUAUAGCUGGAAGAAGUGCAAAAGCCUUGGCUUCCUGAACACUUGAAACCAUUUCCAGAAAUUUAAUUAACUACUGUAAUUAAUUAACUAAUUAAUUUUAUAUGCAGCUCUUCACCCAAAGAUCACAGGCUGGUUUACAGCAUUAAAAUACAAAAUGAAAACACAAAGUACAUAACUUAAUUACAAUAGCAAAAACCAAUAAUCCCCCACCCAUAGACAAAUAUAAAAGUUUUGACCCCAAGGCCUUUAAUUAAUACAUUCUAAUCCAGAAAAAAACCGAUGCAGCUAAUGUGGCUUAUUCUCUCUAGUUGUGUCAGUCUCUGGGGUCCCAAAAGAAGGAAGAAAGCUCAGAAUAACAUAGUCAUGGUUAUCUUGUUCUCAGUGGCAAGAAGGGAAGGUUGGUGGCUUGCUGAUUUACAUAAGGGCUAGCCAAUCAGUUUUGUGCAAAUGCAAUUGUUACUGCAAGCUGGAAAAACAUGUUUCCUUUCCACUGAAUCUGGUCCAUGUGUCUAAAAUGCAGUGAGAGUGCUUUCACGGCAGGCUGACUGCUGAAACUAUUUUUACAUUGUUUUAACCAGCCAUAGGACCUUAUGGUGAAAAAACCUCAUCAGUAAAAAGCAUUUGCCUGUAUGCAAAUGUAUGCCAGUUUGCAUCCUAGCUGAGGUUCUUUUGCUCCCACAAAUGAUUCCCAGAAGACUUCAUUCUAGUACAUGCUCCUGUCCAGCAGGUGGCAGUAGGGAAGUGCAAGAUGCUUCUUGUGCUAUGAUAAGAAACACAAAUUAAUAAGAUCCAUGCUUGCAGAGAGAUGGAAAAGGAUUAGAAUGAUAUGAGGUUUCUUCCCCCACUCCCACUUCCUUGUUUUCUUUUAUCUUUUGGCUUUCCAAUUUGCACUGUUAACUGAGUGGAAGCACCAUGUGUCUCUAUGCAGGACCAUAGAGUGCAAGAAGUGCCUGUUGUGUGCAGCAGAGCCCUGGCUUUAUAUGUAUUCUGCCUUUCACAGCUCUCUGGUGAUUUGGGUUGUUGUUAGCCCAUGGCUUCUUUAUGUUUGUAGCUGUUUGCUCUUUGAUUAUGCAGCUUCCAGACUGCUGGAAUGUUGGAAAACAGCCAUUUCCCACUGUGCCAAAUAAAAAAGAAACACAAUGUUGUACUUUAAUAACAUUUCAGAAAUGGUAACAAAUGAAAAAAACAUUUGAAAUAUUUUGAUGCCAGAAUGUAAGAGGUACAAAGGUCAGAAGCACAUUUGGUAGUCAUCUCCCCAUCAUAUUUUGCCAGCUGUUAUUAAGCAAAAAUAUGAAUGUGGCAGUAGCCCUCCAUUGAAAAUCUCCAGCGUCCAAGGUGGUUUUCAUAGGCAAUGCAACAUCCCCAGAAGGGAUGAAUGAAUGCCCAUUUUGGUUUCUGUCAGUUUCUCAUUUUAUCAUUCUUAAGUUAACAGCUCAGGUCCAAGAUGCCCCAGGGAUCACUUGGUGCCUUAUAUCUCUGCCCAAUCACUGAGUUCUUUGGAGGAGUUUCAGUGCCUUCAAUAUUGUGGGCCCGAUUUUAUGAAACUACCUUCCAGUUGAGGUCAGACAUGUCCCCUCCCUGUUGAACUUCCAGUACCUACUGGUUUUGUUUUUUUUAUUUCAGUAGGCUUUUAAACUGAAUUCUGAUUUUAUAAUUUUAACUGAUUUUUAUUUUCAUUGUAUUGAAUUUUAUGUACACUGCUUAGAGUUGAUGUAGUGAAUGAAUAUAUAAAUUGUCAAAGCAAAAUAAUUGUUUUAUUUGAAUGUGGGCUCUGUUCCAUAGUGCUCUAUGUUUGAGAACUGAAGCUGUGAGUUGGGAAUUGAUUUGUCUAGGAAGUGACCAUUGAUGGUUUGAAAGAACCCCCAGCCAGUCUUUGUAACAAUGGUGACGUUUCUCUCUGGGCUGGCUUGGAGAUGCCAGGUUCCCUGUACAACCUCUUCCUCUGUUACACUGCAGUGUCAAUGGCUGCCUGCCUGGUUUCCUAAAGUACUAUCUCCUUUUGUUACAGGUCAGCGGAAACUCUACACUGCACCGGUGAGGAGUGUACUGCGGUUACGCCCACUGCACCUUUUGGUGGCUACAGGCGGAGGUUAUGCCGGGUACAAGCAAUAUGAGAAUUAUAAGGAGAAUCAGCUCAGAAAGUCGGGUUUAGAGCCACCCCCCAAAAUCGCAAGUGAUUGGGAGGUAAGUUGUGGAAGUUUUUAUGCCAUGUUCUUAAACGUCUCACCAUCCCUUGCUAAAAACAACAUGAACUUGCCAAAUGUAAAAUGAAAUGAAUGGUGUGGUGCAGUGGCUCUAAAGUUUUGUGUCUUGGGUGUGAGAAACCCAAGUUGAAUUCCCUGCUCAGCUCUGCAGCUUGCUGAGUGGCUUUGAGCAAGACACGGAGUGCCAGUCCAGGGCUGCUAUGCGGUGUAACUAUCAUUCUGAGUUUCUUUGAGGAAGGGCAGAACACCAGUAUGCAUUCAUAAGUAUUCAGCCUCACCCCCUUCUUUUUCUUUUUGGACCCACCUAUCACCUUUUAUCUUGCUCCCUGGGGGUGUCAUGACUAGUGGAAUUUUGGUUUAGUUGUAAUAGUGAUGAUAGCAAUGAAAUUUUUCUAGUAAAAGAGGUGCUGGAACUCACCAUGAACACCUCCAUGGUUCUCUUAAAAUGGCAAUUGUGCCCAGUUGAGAGGUGCUGGAAAUGAGUUCUGGUGAGUUCUGGCUUUUAAAAAAAUCCCUGUGUGAUAGUAAUAAGGAGGGAGGGCCAUAUUGCUCCAGGGUAGAGCACCUGCUCUGAAUACAGAAGGUCCUAGGUUCAGUUCCCUGCUUCUCCAAGUAGGGCUGAGAAAGACAGCAGUCCGAAACCCUGGAGAGCCACUUAUAGUCAGGGCCUUUUCUGGACCACAGAAGGAGAGGGGUCUUUAAAGCAUUUGGGUGAUGAGUGCAAAGGGGGUUCUGUGUGCGGGUCUCUUACCUGGAUGAGUGGUAAUGUAGUCACCGGUGGUUGUAGUACCUGCAACAUGGAGCUUUCCUUCACCAGGGCUCUAGGGUGGCCAGUUAAAUGAGUGAACUUGGGAUGGCUUGAUUUCAUUAGGAACUAGAUAUGAAGGAGUGCAACUGCAUAGUCUGUAGUUCUGAUGCUGCUGUGUGUCUGUGUGUAUUUAGCCAGUGACUCUGCAAGUGUUGAAUACAAGGUCUGAGCUGUGCCAACCCUCUUGUUCCUGCUGGUCUGACUUCUGUGUCCUGUAGUUGACUCCUUGAGCAGAACAGCUUGUUCUGUUGGUGCUGAGGAAUGUUUCUGGGACUGUUUUCUAUUUCUCUCUGUGUUUCUGCAAGUGGUCCCCACGGUGUGUAAAUGUGGUAUGCCCCUUUUGCUUUAAAAACUGCUGGCACCCAACCUUUACACUUUUGCAUCUGCCCAUUAUCUCUCUCUUGUGGGGUGGGGGUGGGGGGGAUGAACACAGGUCAUAGUUAAUGCUCCUUUUGUUGAUGUUAACAUUUCUGUAUAGCUUCCUCCUGCCCUGUAAAUCAAGUGUCCCACCUCAGAGCCUCAAAUCAAGUGCUAAGAUGUUGGAAUGCAGUGUUUACUGACAAGUCUUGCGGCUUGGCUGGCCCCUAAUUGCACCCCUGAAUUGAAUGGUUUGCCAAAUUAAUAGUAGAACGGGGCGGGGGGCCUGCCUUGCUUCUUGCUGCAAACGGUUUGUUACAACAAUGGGAGGCUCAAAAAAUAUAAAAGCUUGAUUGUUCAAAGUGGAGUCUAUUUUUGCUGACACUCCCCCCCCCCCAUUGCAGGUUUUUUUGUAUUCUUGGUCACAAAUGACUGAGCUUUUCCCACUUCUGUAUGGGUAAUGAGUUGUGUAGCUGCCCAUCACCAGGACAGGAAUGGAUUACUGGGAAAGAGAGAGAGGCUCGCCCCUUGAUUCAGUCUCCAGUACACAGGCCUAGCCUAUUUGUGUUGGUAGGAAGGUGUUACAUUUUAAAUUGCACUUGAGCUUGCUGCAAAGUGGCAAGGGUGCACAGAGUGAGAGUGUAUAAAAGAGGCAAAUUUCACAGAGAAGCAGUAUCGGUCCUAGCAGGAAGAAAUCAAGGACUGCCAUGGCACUAAUUUCAUCAAAAAUUUCAUCAAAUAAAAAUUAGUUGUGUUCUGUCAGCUCAUCCAGUUUUUGGAGCCUCCAUUGCUGGUCUGGAUCAAAACUGCUUUGUGAGAUCAACAUAAAUUUGUGGAAAGUAUGUCAUAGAAUCAUAGAAUUUGUGGAGUUGGAAGGGUUUCCAAGGGUCAUCGAGUCCAAACCUCUGCAAUGCAGAAAACACAAUUAAGAUUCCCUGACAGAUGGCCAUUUGAUUCCCAGCAGGUGUCAGCAUUAAGUUGUUAAGCACCAACCUUGCUUUAAAGCAGGCUUCCUCAAACUCAGCCCUCCAGAUGUUUUUGGCCUACAACUCCCAUGAUCCCUAGCUAGCAGGACCAGUGGUCAGGGAUGAUGGGAAUUGUGGUCUCAAAACAUCGGGAGGGCCGAGUUUGAGGAAGCCUGCUUUAAAGGCAGGGAUGGAGUACAGCCUAUGCCCUUCCAAAUGUUGCUGCUGGGGCUACUGGGAGUUGCAGAGUCCAGCAACGCCUGGAGAAGGGCCACUAGUUCCCCGUUUUUGCUUUGACAUAGAGCUCUGCUUCCAGCUUUUCCAAAGUUGGAUCGCACAGUGAAUAUGAGAGGGGGAUUUACUUCCAUUUAAUUAGAUGAAUGAAGAUGGCUCAGGUUGCAUUGGGUAGACAUGUUAUCAUGUAGCCAGGAGGCCGAGAAUCCAAAAAGCAUUUCCUGAAUGUGUUCACAGGCUGUGUCCAAAGGGGUUAGAGGUCUUUAGGGAGAAGAAGCCUUUCCUCCAAAGAGCUCGGCAUUCUUGCCACAUCGAUUUACACAAGGAAGCCUUGACCAAAGAAUGUGCUUGUGUACACUUGGCCGGAUGAGAGCAGCUUUUCACCUUGAGAGUUGCAGCUUGUUCAUUUUAUAUUUUCCUUUGGUGUGUGAAAAAGCUCCCUGCUUUUUUGUUAAUGAAGAGACUCUUAGCCAUUCUAGUGGGCUGCUUUGUGUCUUUGCAUUUCAGAAUGGCUGUUUCUGUAUGGUGCAGACCUGGGGAUUCUGCAUAAAAGAUUUGUCUGCCCCUUCCAGUUGUUUGUUAGCUGCCUUGAGUACCAUUUGUUGGAAAGGUAGAAUGCAAAUUGAGCAACAACAGCAAAAGUAACUUCUUUUACUAUUCAGUUAAUGAAGAGAAUUUACAGUGGUACCUUGGUUUAAGAACAGGUUAGUUUAUGAACAACUUGGAUUAAGAACGCUGCAAAUCCGAAAGUAGGUGUUUUAGUUUGUUAACUUUGCCUUGGAAGCAGAACAUGUUCCGCUUCCUGUUGAGAGUGUUCCAUUUGUAAAUUAAGUCCCCCGCUGCUGUGGGAAAGCACGCCUUGGUUUAAGAGCGCUUUGGUUUAAGAACGGACUUCCGGAACGGAUUAAGUUAGUAAACCAAGGUACCAUUGUAUACCUCACUGAUUUAGAGCCUAACAAUAAAAAACACUAGAAAUGUUACCAACAAAUUCAUAUAAAAGCAGCACAAAACAGCAGUGGGAUAACCUUAGCAGCCAGGUAUAAUGAUGGGUAAAAUCAAAAGAUCUACAACACUUGGGCAAAUGAAAAGACAUUUCAGUUUGGCUCAGACCAAGUUCCUUGUAUAAGUGAACCCCUGUAACUUUUGCUCUCCUGUGUGCAUAGGGUGAAAUUCUCUGCAUGCACUGGUCAUCAUAGGCUCAGAUACAGCUACUGAGAGAGGGUUAAUUUGCUGAGCUUUUUGUUGUUUCCCCUGCUCCCCACUAUUUUAUUUUCAUUUAAAUGUAAACACCAAAUACUAUUGCACAAUUGGGCUCAGAAUAGAUAACGGGAAUGCUGCCUACAACCCAGGUAGAAAAGGUGCUGCCAAGAUCCAAGAGAACUCUGUGAACUUUGGAGGAGCCCCAGUUCACAGUGACAUCUGACACUGAGCACGCGGUGUGUAACCUGGCCUGUUCAUGCAGCUUAGCCGUUCCUAGCUCUGAAGAGGGAACCUUAGUGUGAUGGGCCAUACUUUGGCACCUGACCAGCCCUAAAAAACACGAAGCCCCAGUGGCGCUUCACUGACGUAGCCUUUCCUGGCGGAGGGGAGUGGCAUGCAUUGAUGAGUGAUCCACUCUGAUGACAUGGCACACUCUGCUGAAAGGGUACAAAUUGCAUCUGUGGGCUCUUUUGCAAUAUGAUAUCUCCUGCUGCUGGAGAUCCUGACUCAGAAAAUAAUCAAUGGAAAACCCCAAGCGGGGACUCCUUUCCUGAGCCUAAGUUUGCUACCAGUACAGAAUGAACUGUAAUGUGGGUCAGUCUGGCUGCAUUGCCAGUACGUAUAGUUAAAAUGAGUGAAAAGUAGCCUCAGCAAGCAGCCUUCUCCAUCUGUAGUGUGAAUUUAAUGGACAGGGUUGUUGUAAGUGUAUUUUGAACACUUGGAAAUGUAAUAACAAAUGUUAUUAGUUUUGCUGCCUCAUAACCCAAAAUUUCCAGAUGGUGUACAUAAAAAUAAUUAAAACAGAAUAUAAAAGAAUAAAAAGUACAGUAAAACAAUAGUAUUGGUAGAUUGCUAGAUGCAGUGAUGUGAUACAGAAAAUGUUCUGAAACAAUUUCCCCCCAAUGCUUCAUUUUUCUGUGGAAAAAUAACAGCUAUCUAAUGUUAGCAACUUUGAGUGCAAGAAAAGCUAGAGAUAAAAGUAUAAAUAAGGAAAUGGUUGUUCAGGAAACCACAUAGUGUUAAAUGGAAAAAAAAAUGACUUCUUUAAAAUUCUGCCUGUAGUUAUUCCACAGAAGCCACGUGUCUUUGACUCUGUACCUUCUGAGUCAUUUUUGAGCAAAUAAGUAUUUAGCCGGUUGAGAGAGAAGAAGAACCCCAAACGUUUAAAACCUAGAGUCAUCUCCUCGGAGAUACAGAAGUUAAGCUGUGCUAAAAUUAUUGUGAAGAAUUGUUGCGGUUUUUAUUCUUUUAUUUUAUUUUCAUUUAUGAAUCGCUUAUCAUGAGGCAUCUCAAAGUGAUUUAGUAUAUAAUAUGAACAUAUAUAAAACAGUUACACAUGUGCAACAGUUUGAAACAAUUGCAUAUAUAAAAACAAAUUACACACGCAUAAACAUGUUUGCAACAACAACACAUACACCAAAUCAGUUCAGAUCCCAUACAGGUACCAGUCCUUUGCUGUAUGCAUGCUGGUAUCUGUGAUUUUCAGAACUUUGCAAUACUGAGGACUUAGAAACACUCAUUGCUUUUAUAAUCCACUUUGGAAUGAACAAAACUUGUCCAUCAGUGUUUAGAAUGCAUGCUGCUUUUCCAAUGCAGCUCACCUAAAGAAAAAAUAGUAUAAAAUCACAAGCUCAAAUAAAACACAAAGUAGUUAACCAGCACUAGUUAAUAUCCCUCUGGAUAAAUAAGCUUUAUAUUCUUUUGAGAAAGUUGUGAGGGAAGAGGAACCUAGAACCCUCAGAAAAGCUCGUACACUAAAGCCACUGCUCUGUAUAGCUGAUGGCAUCACUUGGCAUAGCAAAGGGUUUUGGAGCAAGGCCUGGGCAAUUGUAUGGGGUGGUAGUGGUUUGUUUAGGAUGGAACCACUUGGUGCCUUAUUGGCAAACAUAUAAUAUUCCCAACCCUGUGACACGUGGCUUCUGUGGAAUAACUACAGGCAGAAUUCACAACCCACAGUCCUUCAGGGGGUGGAGGACCUACAAGGUAGAAUUGGUGGUUGUGGGAGGAGUGCCCUCAAGGUAACUUCUUGAAUCAAAGCCUGGCUGGGGAAGACAUUAUAUCAUCUCUCACCAUCUGAUUCUCCCUGCAAAUCAUGAAGACAGUACUGACCUAGAUCAGGGGUAGGUGACCUAAGGCCCAUGGGCCACAAGCAGCCCACGGGGGUUGUUUAACCGGCCCCCGAGCCGCCCCCGAACCGAGCUGCCUGCUUGGCGAGUCCCCGCGCGCUACGCUAAACCAGAUGCCGAAAUCGUGUCUGCGCAGACGCCGGAAAUCGUGGGCGGGUGCGCUCACGUACGCGCGCAAUCCGGCCCACGGGGAUGUCCGCUGAAGUGAAUCGGCCCAGGAGCGGUAAACCUUGCCGACCCCUGGCCUAGAUGGAUCAACUGGUCUGACUCAGUAAAAGUUAGCUUCCUUUGAUGGAGAAAGGCUGUAGCUCAGUGGCAGAGCCUUGGCUUUGCAUGCAGACGUUAUCGGGCACAAUCCAUGGCAACAUUUCCAGGUAGGGCUGGGAAUAGCCCGACUGAAACCCCGGAGAGCUACUAAGGUAGAGGGACCCAAUGAUAUGUCUCUGUGUAAAUAGAGCUUUCUGUGAUCCUUACAAAGAGCACAUAUGCAAAACAGAGACAUUUCUACAAAGAAAAUCUAUUGGGGAAUGCUACAAAACAUUUAGCUAUGGCAACAUUUUUUUGCCAGAAUUUUGCCAAGUUUUAUUUAUAUAUUUUCAUUUAUUUAACAAGAUUGGUAUUCCUCCUUAAUCAAACAAUUCACUAAGUGCUUUAUUUGUUUGCAAUCAAAUUUCUACCAUGCAUUUAUUUGCAAAGCAGAAGGCACAAGGCAGCUUAUAAUAAACCAAAAUGAAGCACUAUAGCAAUAAUAUAGAUUAAAUAAUAUAUUAAUAUAGAUUAAAAAAGCAGAUUGCUAAUACAAUACAAAGCAGGCAAAACAAUACAAGUUGCUAAACAAAUGCAGCGGAAACCCCCUUCUGGAAAAGGUGCAGCUGCUGCUAUGCUACCAUCUGGCUUCUUCUGGUUACUGGGCAGAGGCUUGCACAAUCUGCUCACCCCUGUCUGUGCUUGUCGGGAGAGGAAGAGUAUAUUUGGUGCCUGGCAUCAGCAAGUGCUUAUGGCUGUGGCUGGCUGAUAAUUUUGACUGCAAACUUGUGAGUUGCUGGUUUAAAUAUGUUUCCUGGAAGUGCGUAGGGAUAAGUGGAGGAGGAAUGUGAGUUAAGAUCUGGGAAGUGUAGUUAUUGUUCCUUUUGUCUGAAAGCUGGAGAAGUGCCCCAGUCAGCUAAGCUUGGAAACAGUGAGAAAGGGGACUUAGUGGACAGAAGGAGGGGCUUGCCCUCCCUCUCCCUUCCCACAGUGGUUUAUAAAAGGAGCUGGAGUAACAACAGUCUGCAGUUGGAGCCGGUGACAGUACAGCGGAGCCAGGAUUUGAGGAAGGCAGUCACCAUCCCAGCCUACAGCGCCCAACCUUUUGCCCUUGCAAAGGUGCUUGAGAGCUCUCUGAAGAUCGGGUAGCUAAAUAUAUUCACAUGGUCUACUGUUUUCUACUGUUUCUCCUCUGUAGAGAGUCUUUUCGUGUGAAUAAAAUUUUAAUUACAGUCCUGGGAUAGAAAGAUGAGGUAGUUUUGAGUUUCCCCUCUUUAAUGGGGUUUCUUUUAUGACGGGGUUGUAGCCUUAAAAAGCAUCCAAAAUAGUUCAGGAUAAAUGAUUACACUAUUCAGAAAGUCCACACAAAAGUGUGAUGCUCUUUAAUCCACUGUGUGUAGAAAGUACUUUGGACUUCCUAUAAACCGAUUUAGUGCUUUUCCCAAAGCUGCUCUUUGAGACCAAGAGGGCUUCCUUUUUCAAACUUCCUUUUUCAAGCCUCAGCCUGAAAUAUUUUGGGGGUUUGUAAGAGUCCUAAUGACUCAUCAGCAGCUUCCCAGCCCCCUGCUGGUCUCUGUACAGGCUGGGCAGAGCCUGUGAGCAACUGGUGGGAGUCAGAGUGCCUUGUUAUCAUCAUGAGUUUUAUCGCCCCUCCUUCCUCACUCUUAGGCUUUCUGCCUUGCCGCCUCCUCUUAAAGAAGCACGAGGCAUAUUCUGGCAUUUGGGGGAUAUCUGUGUUUUAUGACAGAGAUGGAACAACCUUAAGAGUUCUCAUCCUGCAAGUCCAAGUAACUGAAACUUCAGCUGAAAGAGGCAGUUUCCACUUUCUGUUGAUCUCUUAAUGAAAGUACCAGACUGAGCCGGUGUUCUGAGCCUGCACUCCAUGAGAGGAUGAGUAACGGGUAUUUUUUCAGUUAUUGCAAAAUUUCAGAUUCCAUGUUGAGAUGUAUAUAAUUUAUCUCUUACUUGUUACAAGCUUUCUCACUGUCUAAAUAUGAGAUGGUGGUGGUGAUUAUUAUUAUUAAUUGAAUUUAUAUACCACCCUAUACCCAGAGGUCUCAGGGCGUUUUUUGCCCUUUUGUGUGUUUUUUAGAAAGAAGUGGGGGUUGUUAUUCAGAUUAUUAUUUUUUGGUCUGUGUUAAGUCUACAGCAGUGAUCCUUUACAUCUAGCCUGGAAGAGUUUCUACCAAAAACAGCUAUUUGGGCAAGGUUGCUUUAGUUUUGAACCAGGGCUUCAGCUUCCUGGCAGUCUUGCAUGCAAAGAUGUGAGUUGCGGAAAGCUUGGCAGUCUUGCAUGCAAAAAUGUGAGUUGCGGAAAGCUUUUUCUUCCUGUGAAUAUGCUUGAGAAUUUAAUUGCUUGUUAAAUAUUUAGUUGACAUAAUGUAAACUGCUUUCUACAAUGCACGUGCACAUUCUCCUUCUGUUACAAUAAUAAUAUUAAGAGAUAGUGCCCCUGUUUAUUAUAAUUGCAUCUGUUUAAUGUGAUUUUAAUAAAUGGGGUGAGGACCGUGAAGGGGGUGCUGAUGAUGUCAGUGAAAGUUAUUUCCUAAUGUUAUUUCUAUGGUUUUCACAUGGAAAUAACUACCGCAUUUUUCCAUCUGUAAGACACUCCCCUGUAUAAGAUGCCUCCUAUUUUGGGGGACUCUGAUUUAAGAAAAUGGGGGGAGAUCUAUCCGUGUAUAAGACACCCUCAAAAUUUGGACAUUAUUUUUAAGGAAAAAACCUAGUCUUACACAAGAAAAAAUACAGUACUUCCCAUUUCAGAAAUAAAAACAUCAUCAGAAUAAUUGGAGAACUUUAAGUAGCAUUUCAUUUUCCCUGACUGUGGCAUUCCUCUUAAGCAGCCACCCUGGUGCCCUUCAGAUGUUGUUGGACUGCAGCCCCAGCAGCAGACAGAUAAUUCUUUCCCAUAACCUGACCCUUCUAUAGCUGGAGAGAUUGAACCUUGGACUUCCUGUGUGCAAAGCACCUGUUUUGCCACUGACCUAUAGUAGUGGUAGAGUAGAGAGCCCUUUCAGCACUUGUAUACUGUCAAAUUUUUACAAAGAGUUAAUAAAAACAAGAAGUUUGCCUUCAGUUGAAUGUAUACAUAAUUGCAUUGCCAUUCUCUGCUACAUGGUGAAGGCUGUCUGGAAAAUCAUGUGACUUCUUUCAAUUUGUGUCAGACGCAUGAUUUAUGUUUCCGUUGUUAGGUCAGAUUUAGCAUGUGCUGUCUCGAUAACUGAAUGCUCCUUUCUUUGCAGGAGUUCCCUGCACACAGCAAAGUAACAUUUCAAUUCUUCCUGACAUGUAAGCUUUCUAUGUGCAAGGAUAUUGUUGCUAUUACAGUAUUAUUGUUCUUAACAGAGGAGAAUUCUGCCAUGUGAGUCUCCAUCUGUAGCCUGAAGUGUUACAUCCAAGAAACACAUUUAUUAAUCUGCUGUUUAUAAAUAGGUGAAGAUUGCCAGAUCUGCUUGUUUGAGCAGUCAGAAUCUAAGUUGGUUAUAAUUCAGCAUAUCGCCCUGUAAAUAUACAUAAUUUUUAAUCACCAAAGUAUUAAUCAAAAGUGAGGAAAAAAUAAGGCUGUCUAGCCAGGAGCUUUUACCACAGUUUUGUUUGUAUGUAGACUAAAAGAUGGUCAUUCUCUUGGGUUUACAGAGGUGUGGUGAGUGUCGUGGAACUGGAAUAUUUGAGUGAAUUUAAAGCCAGGGGUGAGGGAGAAAUUCACUUCAGUUUACUUUUAAAGGCAAAUUUACCAGAUUCACACUUUCUGAAAAGAUAUGCAAACAAACACAAGGCCUUCCUUUAAAAAUUGCACCACACUGAAUGAAUUACAGUGCAGUUCCCCAGCCAAGCAAUAAGUUGUGUUUCUUUUAAGCAUACAGUUGUACCUUGGUUCUCAAACGCCUUGCGACUCAAACGUUUUGGCUCUGGAACGCCACAAACACAGAAGUGAGUGUUCCAGUUUGUGAAUGUUCUUUGGAACGUCCUACGUGGCUUCCACAGCUUCCAGUUGAGUGCAGGAAGCUCCUGCAGCCAAUUGGAAGCCGUGUGUCAGGGAACUGCCAUCGGACGGAAGGGAGGUGAAAGGGCUCACACAGGUUGGGAGAGACUCAGCAGCUGAAGAGGGAACCAGCAGGGAGGUGAAAGGGCUCACACAGGUUGGGAGAGACUCAGCAGCUGAAGAGGGAACCAGCAGGGGGAGAGAAAGUGAGCUGGAGGGAUGGCUCAGAGACACUUCCAGCGAAAACAGUGGGGAGGUUUCAGGACCUCCUGUAAGAACACCCACUCCUCGCCGGAAACUGUCACGCAGAGAGUCCAGAAGACGUGUUUCCGUUAAGGAGCUUUUAUGUUGGAAGCGAUUACGAAAGCAACCACUGUCGGAAUCUGCUAGUGACUAGAGGAGCCAUGUCUGAGGGGCUCCGUCACAGACAGAGGUUUGUGGACUUGAACAAACUCUGAGGGGAUACGAUUUUACGCACAAGCAGCUCAUCAUCCCAUCACAGCAUUCCGACAGUCUUUGAAAGCAGCUUGUGCAGGAGAAGGCAUCAUGAGCAACCCAGCCGGAACCGGAGAAGCAGGAGCUGGAGCGGGUCCAAGCCUGGAAGAAAGGUACCGGGUGUUGGAGGUCCAGCUAGCGAUGCAGACGGCGAGGCUUGAGGAGAGGAGGGCUCAGGAUGCAGACAAAAAGGGGGAAAGCCACCCAGCUCGCCAGAAAGGUACCAGGAUUGGUGCAGAAGUUUGGGGGGGAGCCCAAAGAUUAUCAUGGCUUUCGGACAGAGAUGCAAUAUGCCCUCAAUCUGCAGUUUGAUGAAUUCCCUGACGAGGAAUCACGAGUGGCUUUCGUGAUUGAGCAUCUUGAAAAGGGGGGCGAGAGACUGGGUUAGACCCCUGAUGGCAGCGAAUAGUGACGUCUUAAAGGACACGAUGAAGUUCUUUCGCGCCAUGGAUCUGAUGUUUUCCAGCGAUAUUGAACAGGGAGUGGUGCGCAGACAGUUAAUGGCUUGCAAACAGGGGAGCCGAUCUGUCCGUGAGUACUGGACUGAGUUCACCAUGCUGGUUCACAGAUUGGGGUGGGACUUAUCGGCGGAACCCAUUCAAAUGCUCUUUGAAGAAGGGCUUUCUUCGGCUGUGAAAGACGAACUUUCCCGGGCGCCCAGGGCGGAGUCUAUGGACCAGCUGACCAAAUCAGCGCUGACCAUAGGAGCGCGCCAGGAGGCGAGAGCAUUGGAGAGGCGGGAAGGGAAAGGGGACGUUGGAAGGAGUUCCGCAUUCCAGACAUUCCAGAGCCAACUUUCCCGCCGGCAGAGCCGAUGGAAAUCGGAACAGCGCGCGCGCGCGCAGUUUCAAAGCCCAGGAACUAAAAAGGGCCUUCGCCUCGGAACAACAACUCCUGCAUGUGGAUUUACAAAAACCGAUGAGAGUGGAAACUGACGCAUCAGACAGAGCGAUUGGGGCGGUGCUUCUGCAGCCAGGGAAGAAGGAGUCAGAGUGGAGACCGUGUGCCUUUUUUCGCGAAAGCUGAACAAAUCCGAGAGGAACUACACGGUGUAUGACCGAGAACUACUAGCCAUUCAUGAGGCGUUCCGGAGAUGGAGGCACCUGCUAAUUGGCGCACAACAUAAGGUGCAAGUGUGCACUGACCACAAGAACCUAGAGUAUUGGAGGACGGCACGAGUGCUCAACCAACGGCAAGUGAGAUGGGCCCAGGAGUUCUCCAAAUUUAACUUUGAGAUUUGUUACGUGCCAGGCCCAGAGAACAUUAGGGCGGACGCUCUCUCACGCAAACCUGAAUAUUUGGAGGGGAGGAGCACCCGAAGAGAGACAUGUCAUUCCAGAGGACCGCUGGGUGUGUGGGGCGGCAUUGGUGGGACAAAGAGAACUGGUAGAGGAAACAGAGAAUGAUGAAUACGCCCAGAAUAAGCUCAGAGGUCUUAGGGGUGAGGGAGAGGAACCAGGGGGUUUCGAGGAAAGAAAUGGAGCUUUGUAUUACAAAGGGGCACUGUAUAUCCCUGAAGGAGACUUAAGGGGAGGGUACUCAAGCAGUUGCACGACAGCCCUACGGCGGGGCAUUUUGGACAACACAAAACCAUGUGGUUGGUCACCAGGGAAUUUUGGUGGCCUAAGGUGAGGGAAGAUGUACGUGAGUAUGUAAGAGGGUGCGAGCAAUGCCAGCGAGCCAAAGGGGAAAGGCGGGCGCCGGCGGGCUGUUAGAACCCUUACCAACCCCAGAACGACCUUGGGAGGCAGUGUCGAUAGAUUUUAUGACUGAUCUGCCGAAGUCCAAAGGGAAAACAGCCAUCAUGGUGGUGGUAGACCUACUAACAAAGAUGUGCCACUUUGUAGCUUGCUCGCAUGCAGUCACGGCGGAAGAGACAGCGAAGUUAUUUGUAGAACACAUUUUUAGGUUGCACGGGGUGCCAUUGAGGGUGGUCUCAGACCGAGGAAAACAAUUUACUUCCAGGUUCUGGAGGAAGCUCAUGAGCUUACUGCAGGUGGAGGUCAAUUUUUCGACUGCCCGGCACCCUGAAACCAACGGGCAGGCGGAAAGAGCAAACGGUGUCCUCCAGCAAUACCUGAGGUGUUAUGUCAAUGACAGAGAGAAUGACUGGGUAGAAAAGUUGGCGCUGGCGGAAUUUGCCUACAACAAUGCCGAGAAUGUGUCCACAGGGAUGAGCCCCUUCUUGGCUAAUUAUGGGUGUCAUCCCAGGGCUUUCCCAGGGGAGAUGGGGAGAGAUGGAGCGUCCCGGCAGCCGAGCAUUUUGUGGAAGAAAUGGAAGCAAUCCAUCGUCAGCUCCAACUCAACUUAGAAAGGGCGAAGGAAGAAUACAAGAGGCAGGCAGACAAGAACCGAAGGGAAGGUGAAACCAUAAGGGUGGGAGAUAGGGUGUGGCUGUCAACCCAAGGGUUGCCGUUCAAAGGAGGUUGUAAGAAAUUAAGACCCAGGAGGUUGGGUCCCUUUGAGGUCAUUCAACAGGUCAACCCAGUGGCUUUCAGGCUCCGGUUACCCAACCACAUGAAACUGCACCCAGUAUUUCACAGGUCGUUACUGUCACCGUACGAAGGGGGACGAGAAGGGAUGGCCACUCGGGGACCGGUCAUAGAAGAAAGAGAAUGCAGCAGCCAUGUGGCAGAAAUCCUCGACGCCAGGUGGAAGGGGGAUCAGGUGGAGUAUUUGGUAGCGUGGGAAGGAGAACCGGAGUCAGAAAACACUUGGGUAAUGGCCGAAGAUAUCAAUGACGAGGUAUUGAUAGAAACGUUCCAUCAAAGGUUCCCAAGGAAACCUCAGCCUGUGGAGAGGUUCCGGAGGGAAUACUUUGGGACCACUGAUGAGGGGAGGAGUUGGAAGGAUUCCCGGACUCGGAAGGGGAAGGGGAGAUGGACUCUGAGGAGGAGGAGUACUUCGAGACCAGGAACCGCAACAGGUGGAGAGAAGUGUUCGAGACAUCGGAAGAUGAAGGAAGUUCAUUCCGGGGUUUUGCCUCCUCACCGCCCGUAGAGGAGGGGGCGAGAGGGGGUGAAGGGGGCCCUGGAGGGGAGGUGGAUGUCAGGGAACUGCCAUCGGACGGAAGGGAGGUGAAAGGGCUCACACAGGUUGGGAGAGACUCAGCAGCUGAAGAGGGAACCAGCAGGGAGGUGAAAGGGCUCACACAGGUUGGGAGAGACUCAGCAGCUGAAGAGGGAACCAGCAGGGGGAGAGAAAGUGAGCUGGAGGGAUGGCUCAGAGACACUUCCAGCGAAAACAGUGGGGAGGUUUCAGGACCUCCUGUAAGAACACCCACUCCUCGCCGGAAACUGUCACGCAGAGAGUCCAGAAGACGUGUUUCCGUUAAGGAGCUUUUAUGUUGGAAGCGAUUACGAAAGCAACCACUGUCGGAAUCUGCUAGUGACUAGAGGAGCCAUGUCUGAGGGGCUCCGUCACAGACAGAGGUUUGUGGACUUGAACAAACUCUGAGGGGAUACGAUUUUACGCACAAGCAGCUCAUCAUCCCAUCACACCGUGCCUUGGUUGUCGAACGUUUUCGGAAGUCGAAUGGGCUUCCAGAACAGAUUCUGUUCGACAACCAAGGUGCAACUGUAUAUUUGGGUAAAGUAUGCAUGAAAAUGCAUAUACAGUAUUUGUGAAAACAGCAUACAAAAAUACAUUAUAUUAGGGGAAAUUACUUUGCAAAAACAUGUAUAUUAGUCAAAAUUGCAUUAAAAGGGUGCUUAUUAGGAUAAAUUUGCCCUAAAAUGCUGAUUAAUUUCCAUGAGGAUUUUUUUUCUUAAAUUCACAAAUUUCCACAGAAACUGAAUUUAAGACUGGAAAAACAUGACACUGAGACCCAAUACUGACAAAUCUAUUCUCCAUUUAAAACAGUCAGUUCCAAGAAAGUGCUCUGAUGAGAUGGAAUGUUGGGGUGUUUCUCUCUGUUGCCCUCUUAGACUGCAAUCUUGGGGGUCAGGUGGAUAAGAGUACAGUCGUAUCUUGGAUCCCGAAGGCCCUGGAACUCGGACGUUUUAGCUCCCAAACGUUGCAAACCCAGAAGUGAUUGUUCUGGUUUGCAAAUGUUCUUUUGGAACCUGAGUGUCUGAUGCGGCUUACGAUUGGCUGCAGGAGUUUCCUGCAGCCAAUCAGAAGCUGCGAUUUGGUUUUCAAACGUUUUGGAAGUCGAACGGACUUCUGGAAUGGAUUCUGUUUGACUUCCAAGGUACGACUGUACUUGGCAAACUCUAUCCCUUUUCCCAGGUGGCAGCAAAGUUCACGAGGUACAACCUGAUGUUGCAAGCGAGAUGCUUAAAAUCUGGCUGCAGGACUUUUGUGCUUUUUUUGGCUCCUGAAGUGCUUGAGACCAGAGCUCCUUUUAGAGCCACUUGGUAUUAGUGCAAGGCCAGGAGGUGCAUCAAGGUGAAGCUGGAACUUCCAGUUGAAAAAGUCAGAAGAAUUUUCAGUGUUAAUAAGAAAACAGAAAUACAGACUCGACUCUACAUUUAAUUCUUUAAAAAAGCAGUGAAAUAAAUGUGGCCAGGCAAAGCUAAACUUUGCCUUAAGAGCAUAAUGAUGGUUUUUCUUCAGGGACUUGCAAGCUGGUGCUCUCGCCUUGAGAGGGGAGAGUUUCUCUUUUUGAGCAUAGCUUUAAGGGGUGAACUGAGCACUUCUGUCUCUCUUGGCCACUUCCUCUGGGGAACUUUCUACUCUAUGAAGCCUGCAUGUCUCUCUCUUUCUCUUGUGAAUCAGGUAGCCAUCUUUUUGCCUUUCUGUUUUUCUUUACUGAAGAAAUGGACCCUGCAGCUGCAGGGGUUAUGAACAGACCAGGGGUGGGGGGCAGGUGAGGGCUUUGAAUGGGUGGCCAGCCCUGCUUAGAUGAUAUUCUUCACUUGCAUUCUGAAGCCUUGGCUGUCUCUUCUCUUCAAGCAGCAUUUGGCAGUGAUUUCAGCAUUUCACCUCCAAAUCAAGGAUGCCCAGUAUUUGCUUACCCAUGGAUGAAAUGUUUUUUCAAGGGCCUUAGAAAUACACUGGCAGAGGGUAUUGGGUUUUUUUGUUAAUAUAUAUAUAUAUAUAUAUAUACACACACACACACACACACAUAUACACAUACACACACCACCCUGUGAUCACCAGAUGAAGGAUGAUAUAGGUAGGAAAUAAUAAAAUAAAAAUAAAAAUAAUGACCCCUGGGAAUGGCAGGUAGUCUCCUACUGGGAGCUCACUCUUGGCCCCUGCUCAGCUGAUGCCAUGACCUUCAACCUUUGUUUACUUGUGAUCUGCAUCUACCAUUCUUCAUAAACAGGUCCAUUGGGAUGCAUCCAGACCAAGUUAGGCCCCAUUCAAACCAAUGGAUAAAGGUGCUUGAUGACUUAAUGGUUCCUAGGACUUUAGAAAGUUUUCUCCUACAGAGUUGCUCAUAUUUUAGUUGGGUGUCUAGGACUUGGCCUUAUUGAUGUGGUGUUGGGAAAGCAUUUUAUGUAUUUUGUGGUGUUUUUACAUUUAUUUGUUUUUAAUAGCUUUUAUGUAUUGUAUUAUAUACUGUUAAUCUGCUUUGAGACCUUCUCUUUUGUGUAAAGUGACUGAUGAAUGUAAUUAUUAUGAAUAAUAAUAAUCCCUAGUCCCAUUGAUUUCAAUGGUAACAAAGUUCAGCUAACUUACUCUGGAACCAGGCCAUUGAACUGCAUUCUUUGCUUCUCAUCCAAAGAAUGAGAUGUUUUCCUCGGCUGUAUAUAAGCCUGUUUCUACAUCCAUAUUCUAGUGAAGUUAAAAAUUCAGUGGAAGUAGUGAAUGGCUAGAAAACGCAGGGAUACCAUAAUCAUGAAAAAGAGUAUUUGAUUUAAGACACUGCCCUAGAUUGACAGAUCAUUUCCGCAGAGCAACUUGGAGCUCAGAAGAGAAACCUAGCAGUAAAUGCCUGUUUCAGUAAGACCUUUCAGGAAGCGAGGCAGUUGAGUGUCAUCCCCAGUUCUGCUUUGCUUCAAAACAGAGGCAGGCCUUCCUAGAGACAGUUGCCUUAAGUGGUAGGUUUUGGGUGUUGCUAAGGGUAGCAGCAGAUUGGAAGACAGGUAGGUCUGAUCCCUAGAGUGCAACAGCAGGAACUACCCCUGUGUAAGCCCAAUGGAAAUGAGCAGGACCUCUGCAUUUUAAGGCCAAAGUGAAGGAACCUCCUGCUGGAUGUUUGGCUGUAAUGCUUUCCAGGAGUGUGGGGUCCUCUAGAUGUUUGGGGCUAAAACUUCCAUAUGUCCCAGCCAACAAAGCCAUAUUUCCUACUCCAGCGCAACCUUGCUGGCUGGGGCUGCUGGAAGUUGUAGUUUAAAACAUCUGGAAGGCAUUGAGUUGGGGAAGGCUGUGGUUUCCAGUGUGGCAGAAGAGAUGGGGGUUAUGGAACAGUCCAUAGACUGCUCCACUGAUGAGGGGAAAACAUUUGGAAAUGACUUCUUAAUAGCACCAAGUGGAAUAUGCUGUUUGUAACGAUUGCAAUCUGCCCUGGUCUUUUCUGCAUGGAAGGCAAAUACGGAGGUGUGAUCUCCGAAGGCAGCAUGAAGAAAGGUUGCUGAACAAAUUCCCGGUGUGGGAGACUCAGGAGAGCAGACUCAGCCCGUCUGGAAUGCGAGGGGGAGGGGAGAAAGUCAUCUUGCCACCAUUAUUCAAGCCACUCUUUUGUCCAGUUGCCCCCCCCCCCCAGCACUUUAAGGAUUGGCCGUGUUUCUUGGAAGCUUGGUGAAAGAAGUAUUGCUUGGCUUAACAGAAAGCCAUGGCAACCUGAGCAGGCAGAUGACAGAAAUUCCCAGAGUAUUGGCAAGGAACAUUCUUCUGCACCGCCGUAGGCAUUGAGCCUGAGCAGACAUGGCUGGCUCCCGGAGACUGCAGCCCAGCGGCCUCAAAAGCUACCCCCAGGUCAGCUACAGUGGCUGCUGGCUAAGGAAGCCUAUCACUCCUUGCCAGGCCCGUUGCUACAGCUGUUGCCCCAGACACAGCAGUGCCAGCAGUUGGGUGGCACACGGCACUGUGGUCAUUGUGUUCUAGGAGUGCCUGGGUGCAUUUCCUAGGUGAGAGGAGGCUGGAGAGCUGAGCUGGAGAUGGAGCCCUUAAAAGUGCACUCCACCCUGUUUUUUAUUUGCAAAUAUAACGGGGGGAAAGAAGAGGUUAAUUGAUAGACAGAGAUAUAUUAAACAAACCAUUGCCAAUUGACCCAGGAAAGCCCUGCAGUUUUGUUGAUUUUGAAAUGCUGCCUUUGGGUUCCAACUUUGUGGUUGUGCUGCUGGGUCCUUUGCCUGCUUGGAUCCCUUUCUUUCUUUGGGCCUUAGCAGGCAGAAGGAGAUCAUGUUCUAGAGCAGCCUGGUGCCCUUCAAAUGUUUUGGACAGCAACUCCCAUCAGCCCCACCCAGCACAGCUGGGGCUGAUGGAACUUGUAUUCUAAAACAUCUGGAGGACACCAAAUCAGCAAAGGCUGCUCUGGAAACUGGCAGGGUGCAAGGAGGGGGUGGGAUACAUGUGCAUUGAAAGAUAAUAGUAAUCUAAUUUAGAAUGUAGUCACCACAAAUUCUCUAAAUUUGAAGCAAUGGUAAAGGCUGAGAAUUAAUGGAAAACCAGAAGAAACCAGUAAGAAAUGAAUGCUCUUGUGUAACUCAUAUUCACAGCAGUGAGGCUUGUGCAGGAGGAACUGGUGCCAUUAGUUUCGUGCAACAACAAUGGCCUUCAAAUGUGGUGCUAACUGGUAUUGAUGUGCAAAUAAGCUUCCUUGAAAUAAUGAGCAGCGUUCAAGUGUACAUGUUGGAUGAAUUUAAGAAAUAGGGAAUAUCUGUGUGGCCAUUAGUUAAAUAAGGACUUGCUUCUCUAUACCAACUUCCUGUCCAAAAUAAGCAAAUAUUUCUGCAUUUUGGCUGUGCUGGGGGACCAGUAACAAAGUUAAUGGUUUUCUUACUGAACAUUGUUUCUUGACUAAACAACUCUACAUUGCUUGGCUGUUACUUUGAGAGUGAAGUCCAAUAUAAGCAGGUUUAUUCUGGUCUGUACCUCUGGCCCUCUUAAUUUCCAUGGUUGGUCAGUCCUCCUCUUACCGCCCAGGUUUAGUCUAUAAUAUGACCUGAGUAGUCACAGGCUUUGAGGUGCAGCCUUUGGGAAAUGAGAGAAAGAACAAUAUGCACUUGUGAAUAUUCAUAAAUAUGUGCCUCCUGAGUUUUUUUUUUGUUUUUGUUUUUUAAGAAUCUGUUUAAGAUUUUGCCUCUGCCUAUUUCUCGGGGAAGAGAUGGCUGAUUCCUGUGGCCUCCAUCUGUUCCUAGCUGUGCAGCAUGCGAUAGAGGGCCUCCUGCAGGCUCAGUGGGGGGCAUUCCUCUUGUCUGCGAUGGGAGGCUCCCUCCCUGCUUGGAGUGGUGUGUGCUUUGGUUGGGCAAUGUGGACAGGAGAUGUUUCUCUGGCAACAUGAGUGCUGCAUGCAGACCUGACUGAACAGCAGCCCACAACUAAGGGAGAUGGAGUUGCUGCACUGCAGAGUCAUAGCUGGGAUUGCCUCCCCCUUCCCUUUCCUUCCCCUCCCCUUCCCCUCCCCCCUCUCCCCUCUCCGCCUGCUCGCUUGCAUUCAGCCUGGCUAUAGGGAGAGAUGUGCAGGGCUGGCGGGCUGCACUUCUGACAAUAGUGCAUCAGUCCUCGCAGGCAGCUCCAGAUUCGUUGGCGCCGGAGCCCGGCUCCAAUGGCAGCCCCUGGCUGAAGCAGAGCCUCAUAGCGCAGGGCUGGCAUGUGGGAAGGGCUUGCUUUUGUCUCUGCAGGAGGAUGUCGGACUGUGACACAAUGCUUGUUUGUUUGCAAUAGCUGAGACCGUCCUAA